AUGAACAUCUUAAAUCAAAAAUAAGUACAGGAAAUAUCAGAAACAAUAUGCAAAAUUCAUAAUCUUGAAUUAAUUGCUGUUGAUUUCGAUUUAUCAGAUAAGGCACAGAUCUAAUUCUUUUGUGGUAAAUGUUUAGUUGAGAAAAUGAAUAACUAUAAAGUGACUACUAUUGAGUCAUCAAAAGAGAGAAUCCAAUAAGUGAAGACCUAAUAAAAAGAAAUCAAAACUAAAGAGAAUCAAGCAAGACUCAGCUAUUAUAAAAAUAUAUUAGAUUAAAUUAUGGAUUUCAAGUAAUCAAUUGACGAUUCUUUGGAGAAGAUGUAUAAAUAAAUAUAAUAAUACAUAUAUCCAAUUUAAAAAGAAAAGUAAGAAUUAUAAGAAUUUGAAUAAUAAUUAAAUUACUUCGAAGAUAUUAAAUAGCUAUCUGAAUUGUAUCCUUAAGAAUAAUAGAAAUCGCCUAAAUUAAUAGAAGAUAAUCAUUUUAUAAAUGAAAUACAAAGACAAUUUGAACUCUUAUUAAACAGUUCUGAAUACUUCUAGACAUUAGAUACAUUUAAGCAUACAAAAGAAACAAUUAAAGAUAUUAUGGAAAAUAAUGUAAUUGAAUUAAUUCCUUCAUUUAUAACUAAAAAUGAUUCUGUAUAUUUUAUAUAGUAUUAAUAGAAAACACCAAGUUUAAGUAGAAUUUGUAGUAUUCAUAAAAAGGAGAUAAUUUUGAUUGAUAUGGAUUCAGAUUCAUAGAAUAAGAAAAUAGAAGAUAGAUUUGCAUGUGUUGAUUGUAUUUGUGAGAAUCCAUAAAUAAAAUAUUAAAGUAUUGAAAAUGUGGAUAAGUAAUGGAAAGAAUAUAACACAGAGAGUGAAAGGGUAUUAAAAGAAUACAAACAUGAAAGCAAAGAGAAGAAGACUGAAUUAUUUAAUUAAAUAGCACAUAUGAGAAAGAAUUAUAAUAAAAAAUUGAAUGAGAUAAGUGAUAAAUUGAUUGCAGAAUAGUUCUUAUGCAUAGAUAAAACUAAAUAAUCAAAUCAAACAAAAAAGAUUUCAAUUUAAGCAUUAGGUGAAGAAUAAUUACUGAAGGAUUUAAAAUANAGAUCAUAAGCAGUUAUUAUUCUUAAUUCUAUAGUUUAUUGUGCAUAUAUAAUUUAUAAUAAUACUUAUUUUAUAUUAAUUCAAUGA